AUCCAACUUCUUUGUAAAUCUGGCAGCUUCUUAUUGGACACCAGAACGAUAGCAGAAACACGUGCUUCAAUUAAUUUCAUAAUAAAAUGUGUUAAUUUGCCAUUCCAGCACAAAUAUUGGAGCGGAAAACCACAAGAUGUUGAAAUUAACUGCUUGAGCAGCUAGAAAGUGGCAAAGUGAGAUGGCAGCCAAUGGAUCAAGCUGUGAGCAGCCUCAAAAACGAGUAGGACCCAAAGAUAAACAGAACGGCAAGUCUACAGACCUGUCAUUGAGAGAAAGGCGACUGAAAGACAAAGAGGAGCGUCUUUCUCUGGUGUUGUGGAGGAGGCCGGUUGUCACUCUACAUUAUUUUCUUCUGGAGACCCUCAUAAAGCUAAAGGAAUGUACAUUACAGCUUUGGCAACGGAGAGGCACAGUGUUUAUAUUCUUGUUGUUGUGCUUUCUAUUCUCUAUCACGUACUCCACUGAUGGAUCACACCAAACGUAUGUUCAAUACAUGGAGAAGAAGUUCCUGUGGUGUGCCUACUGGGUAGGCCUUGGGAUCCUGUCCUCAGUGGGACUGGGGACUGGUCUGCACACCUUCCUUCUGUAUCUGGGUCCUCACAUAGCUUCAGUCACUCUGGCGGCUUAUGAAUGUGGGUCCACAGACUUCCCAGAGCCUCCAUACCCAGACCAGAUCAUCUGUCCCGAAGAUGGCGGGGUGGAGGCCAGCAUCUCGAUCUUCUCUAUCAUGUCCAAGGUCCGCCUGGAGGCCUGCAUGUGGGGUGCAGGGACUGCCAUUGGAGAGCUGCCUCCGUAUUUUAUGGCCAGAGCGGCUCGGCAGUCAGGAACUGAUCCAGAUGAUGAAGAUUAUGAGGAAUUCGAGGAGAUGCUCGAGCAAGCAGAAGGUGCACAGGAUUUUGUUACAAGAGCAAAACUGGGAGUUCAGCACAUGGUGCAAAAAGUGGGAUUCUUUGGGAUCUUGGCGUGUGCCUCCAUUCCCAAUCCUCUCUUUGAUUUGGCUGGAAUAACCUGUGGGCAUUUCCUGGUUCCCUUCUGGACAUUCUUUGGAGCAACUCUGAUCGGGAAAGCCGUCAUCAAGAUGCAUAUACAGAAACUGUUUGUGAUCAUCACCUUCAGCAAGCACAUAGUGGAGCAAAUGGUGUCACUCAUGGGGUCUAUACCUAAAAUUGGACCAUCACUCCAGAAGCCCUUCAGUCAGUACCUGGAAGCCCAGAAGAACAAGCUGCACCAUGCUGGAAAAAGUGGACCAGCGGAUGAGAACUGGCUGUCGUGGGUGUUUGAGAAGGUAGUGCUGGCCAUGGUUUGCUACUUUGUCAUCUCUAUCAUCAACUCCAUGGCUCAGAGCUAUGCCAAGCGAUUGCAGCAGCUGAGGCACUCGGAAGAGAAGAGCAAGUGAUGGCGAAGCAAAGCGCCAUAUGCAUCCAAGUGACUGUGUUUCUGCAGCUGCUGCUCACAACUUACCAACAAACCUCACCAUCGUCAUUUCUCAGAGAGGCUGAAAGCGUUAAAAAUGAAAAAGGAAAAAACAAGCAGGCAUUUUUUGCCUGUGUGUGUCUGCGCAUGUGCUAUUAAGAAUGUAUGUGCUGUGUUAUUUCUGUCUUCAAGUUUUAUAGUUCCUUUCAUCUCACUCUGCGUGUGCGCAGCGUGACUGACUUCUGCUAACGGUCUUAACAUGUUACUUUGAUGUUAAAUUAAUCCAUUCAUUAACCUCAGAAGUAAAGCGGUGAUUUGAUGGUAGCUGCUGUGCUGAGGGCAGCGCCCAUCAGAUGCUUUGCCUUAUGCAAGUUGGGAAUGCCUGAAUUCCCUUCAAUAGAGCUCUUGAUUUAUGGGCUUGAUUUUUAUUUAAUCAUGUGUCUAUUAGGUAUGGAUGGGAGUUGAUUUCAUUUUGCAAUGUGCUGCCAAGAUAACUGCAAAUGGAUGAUGUUUCUUUUCAAGGUCUUCAUGUCUUUCUCCUGGUAAAUAGGACAUUUGUUGUCUUUUCAUCUCCAGUACUGUCAGUUUCAAGUGAUUUGGAAGGGGGGUAAAAAAAAAAAAAAAGCAAUAUCAACUGGGGUAUUAAUGGUUUACACAUUGUGUAAAUAUGUUUCUCUUUUUUGACUGUAUGAUCAGAUGUAUUUCUAUUCCAGUUGUUGCUGUGAACAAGAACCAAAAUACAAAAAAAAGAGAAGGCGGUAACAUCUCCAUUGUAAUUUAAGCAAAUGGUCCUGUUUUUAUUCUGUACAUUUAGGUCAGAUCAUAUAUAAAACGUGGAAAUAAUGACA